GGCUCCCCUGGUCAGGCUACUCUUCAAUAGUCCCGACGUUUUGCUCAUUUCAAUAUGGGAGUGGGGAACAGUUCGCUUCUGCUCGAGCCCAGUACCGGUAUCCCUACCGAGUAGUCUACUACACUGUGUCCAAUUUUGGAGUCACUGUCCAUCGCGCCAAGCCCCUGCAAUAGCCGGCCGGGAAUAAGUCAUUGUGCAUCGCACCACUACCUCGACGAAACCGCGCGGGACAUGCGCCAGAGGAAUGGAUCCUACACUUCAUUCGCAAUCCUCGCCUUCCUCCUGCCUGGCAGUGAGAUUCAGGAUGCGGGGUUGCACUGAGGGAAAACUGCCAAUCAGCAACGGAAUUCACUUUGUGGAGCCGAGGCAGGCCUUUGCUGCCUCAACCUCAAUCCCAUCGCCCGGUUUCGUGGAGACACCAAUCAGGAACAAGAGUGUGACCGAGGCAGAUUCCAAAAACCUUAAUCCGACCUCGCCCGUCGCCGCGUGUCCAACUGGGCGUUCCCCACCGAAGCCGUGGCCCCUGCGAGAGCUCACAACACCAUCGUCUGGACACGGCGGAAUUAUCCCACGGUGGACUAAUUGCGCUCCAUCCAGCGAAGCGAGAUCGUAUCCUGACAACGACGGCUUCCCUUUGUGUGCUGCAUAUAUCAUACCUGCUGAUGUUGGUGUUCAGGCGCAGAGUUCUGCCCGUUCACUCCCUCGCCUUGAUGCAGGAGAUCGAACCACCACUUCGAUGGUACAUGGUGGGGAAGUAAUUCCCCUCGUACAACAAUGAAGCAAAACAUAUCAAUUGCUAACUCUUGCCAACUAGUCCUUUUUAUCUCAGGAUCCAUCUUCACAGCACCCGGGGAAGUGGCAAGUGGGACGACCCACAGCGAACCUUAGCUUGAAUACACAGUACAUCGAGCAGUGGAGCAAACCUGCG